AUGUCUCUCUACGAGCGCGCGCGACAUUAUCGUUCCCACUCCCUCAAACCUCUCAAUCAACCAAGUUUACUUACCCAGCGUUCCAAGCGCACACUCAGCCUGCCAAGCAAACCUAUUAUACCACCACUCAUCAAUGUACAACGUUACCAUGACAACUGGGAGAAUGAAAGCGACGAGGAAGAUCAGAUCUGUGAAACAAACGAGGAAACUAUCGGUAAGUAACUUGUCCUGGGUUCUCGUCACUGUUUCCUAGGUUUUUCUCCAUUUUCUUCGGUUUUCCUACCUCCAUGGUAACAAACACUCCAACUUCCACUUUGAAGGGGAUAACAGUGAAUAAAGAGACACCACUUAGAGGAGCCAGCCUAUAGAACAACCACAGAUAAAAUUUAAUUUUACUAAAUUUAACGGUGCCAUACAAAAAAAAUCUGUUUGGUUUUUUAUCAAAUCUAGGACUAGUUACUCUGUGCAAAUGUGCAAUCAGCUUGUCUUCGUUUGCUUUAAGCUUGGUACAUUCUGUUUCACUGCAUUCGCUGGCCUGCGCAGGGAUUUCCACGUAUUUUGCUUUAUCACUUUCCCAUAAACAUAGUUUGCUUUCCUUUGAUGAACAGCCUGCGUCAGAUAUCAACUAAGGUUAUUGAGUACGCCACGCGACCUACGGCAAUCUCAACUUUCACAGUAUGGGCGCUCUAUGGGAAGGGAAGGAGAAGAGGGGUCGAGGAGAGGGACUGGGACUUGAGGUCCACUGUCACCUAAAUUACGAUUUUCUAAUAAUAACAUGCGCGCACAAAUGCGCACAAAUUUAAAAGUCCAAUGCAUAAAUUUCUAUAAUUUCUUUUUUUUUUAUUCAGCCUGGUACACACCAGUUGUUGGACUAUCCUGUAGCCUGGUGAUAUAUUUCUGGUCAUGCGCCCUAGCGUACUACUCUACAUCAUGA